AAUAGUUGCAGUUUACACUUGUUCCCCUAUAUUAAUACAUUAUAAACAUAUGUAAGAUAUGCUUGUUUAAUGGAAAGUUGAACUGUCUUUUAUAGUAAGCUUUAGUGGCUGUUUUUCUCUCUCUUGAUUUUCCAUUUUUUUAUGCCAUGCAGGCAAUACAAAUCUCUAUAUAUCAUAAAUAAUUCUGUGACAAUUUGUUUUGUAUGCAUUGAAUUUUAUGUUAAACGUCGUGCCAAGACUCAACGAAUACUUGAGUGACAUUAAAAAAAUUAUAGUGUUUUUCUAUUGUAAUACAUGUAUAUUUAUAAAUUAAUUCUAAUUGGUUGAAUUAUUAUUGUCAUUAAACUUAAACUUCCGUACUAAGGUCAACUUUGAUUGAUAAAUAUGAAAAUCGAAAACAUGUUUCCAAAACAAAAGCAUUAUAUUCUCCAAGUGCGAAUGCUUGUAUAGAGUCUGAAGGAAAUGUUUAUUCUGUUCUAUUUACUUGUAAAUGGGAUGAUUCUUAUUUCGGCAUUUGACAAGUGGCUCACAAUAAAUUGUCCAUCGGGAUUUUAUGGAGUUAUCUGUGAUAAAAACUGUCCGUAUCCAAAUUACGGUAAACGUUGUUCUCAGACAUGUGACUGUCCCGAACUAAAAUGCAACAAUAUAUUCGGCUGUCUAACUCAGCUAGAAACCGAGACCCCAACCCACACGCCAUCAAACAGUAAACCCAUCACUCAAGAUGGCAUCGUAGAAGCGUAUACAAUUUACACCCAAAGUUUGCCACCGAAAGACACCAAACUGACAGCUGAUACUGUAACUGUCACUGACGAAACUAUCGUCCAAACAGUCACAUUUCGAUGGAGCCAGAGUGAUUGGGUGACAAGAAGCAUCUAUGGUACUGGCGUGCUGAUAAUUAUCCUGGUUUUGUUUCAUAUCAGCAUUUCAGUUUUGCGUUGUGUGAAAAUGAAAGGCACACUUGAAGACAUGCAGUCAUCUACAACGUAAUUGGAGAGAGAGAGAGAGAGAGAGAGAGAGAGAGAGAGAGAGAGAGAGAGAGA